AUGGAGCCAAGUCCCUCAAUUGACAAGGCUUUCUCUUUGGGGACACAAGAGGAAAGGCAGAGAGCUUUAGGUUUCAAUGGAGGAACUUCAGUUGAUUCAACUGCUCUUGUAGUCAAGACUCAAGGGUUCAAUCAAGUUGGGAAGAACACAAAAGGAAAGGGCAGACCUGUAUGCAGUCAUUGUGGCAAAGUUGGUCAUUUCAUUGAGAAGUGCUACAAACUAGUUGGAUUUCCACCAGGGUACAAGCAAAAGAGCAAGGUGUCUAUGGCUAAACAAGUGACUCGUGAUGGUGAACCUGGUCAAUUCGAGGCUACAUCACAAUCAGAUUCUGUUUGUCUUAAUUUGAAGAAUUUAGUUUUUACUGAAAAUCCUUCAAACAAAAUAGCUUACAAUGAGGAAACUUGGGUUCUUGAUACAGGGGCCACUGACCAUAUUAUCCAUUCCACUUCAUUGUUUACUAAGAUUACUAGUUCAAUCUUUUCUUUUGUGCAUUUGCCUAAUGGUGAAAAGGUUCUUGUCACACACAUAGGCAUAGUUCAGGACCUUACCUACUGGAAUAUGAUUGGAUUGGGUAAGCUUCAUAGCAAUCUGUACCUGUUGCAAACUUCAGAGAAUUGCAAGUUUAUCUCAGAAGCUACUACUGUCCUAGAGUCAGUUUUACAAUCCUUUGUUCAUUCUGUUUCUCAUGUAUUCCAUCUUCUAAUUCUGGUCCUAUUCAGGUUUCUAGCCAAUUUUUUAGACUCUUCUCUUCCUGUCAUCUCAGAUUCUACAAUACCAGAUUCUGCCAUACCAGAUCCUGUCAUUACAGAUUCUGCAGAAGCUGGUUCAUUGCCCCUUGUUCAAGGGCAUGCUGUUGUUCCACAUGCUUCCCUUCCUUCUUUAAGAAGAUCCUCUAGGCCUAUGAAACCCCCUUCCUACUUGCAAGACUAUAAGUGCAGCACUAUCAUUUCCAAUGAGCUUACACAGUCUAAUCCUAUCAUAAGCAAGUCAGGUGCUUCCUCAAUCACUCAAGGUACCAAAUACCCUCUUUUGGACUAUCUUGAUUCAUCACAUCUCUCUCCUUCCUAUGCCAAUUUUUGUUCUCUUAUUACUUCUAAACCUAAACCAAGAUUCUAUCAUGAGGCUGUUAAGGAUCCUAAAUCGCAAGAGGCCAUGAAUGCUAAGAUUGUAGUCUUGGUUUCUAAUAAUACUUGGACUCUUACUCCCUUGCCUUCAAACAAAAAGGCAAUUGGAUGUAAAUGGGUCUAUAGGGUGAAGUACAAGGCUGAUGGUUCUGUGGAGAGAUAUAAAGCAAGGCUAAUUGCUAAGAGGUUUACUCAACAAGAAGGGUUGGAUUUACCAACACAUUCUCACCAGUUGCAAAGUUGA